GUACAAAUGGGCGGGUUUCUGAUAUUGUGGCUGUAGUAACUUGUGACGACCGGAAAUUAUGUACAUGUUACGUUGUCGCAGUGCAUUUCAAGUGAGGAGUUCGGGUUUGGGUUACAUUUACUGUCAUCGAAACAUUUCAGUGCAUCGAAUCGUUUUGUGCCAAUUCUUUAUAGUGUACAAAUGGCUUAUCCAGGAUAUGGCGGGUAUGGAGGACCAAUGCAAGGCAUGCAACUCCAGGGUAUGCCCAUGCAGGGUGGACCCAUGGGAGGCCCACCCCAGGCAGGCUACCCCCAGAAUGGUGGAGGCUACCCUGGGACCUUUUCUGCUCCUCCUCAGCAGCCUCUUAAUGACCCCAUGUGGGGGUACUUUACUACCAUAGCAGGACAGGAUGGUGAGAUUGAUGCAGAGGAGCUUCAGAGGUGUCUUACACAGACUGGUAUCAGUGGCACCUACAAUCCCUUCAGUUUGGAGACAUGUAGAAUCAUGAUCGCAAUGCUGGAUAGAGACAUGACCGGAAAGCUGGGCUUCAAUGAGUUCAAGGAGCUGUUUGCUGCCCUGAGUAGCUGGAAGCAGAACUUCAUGAUGUUCGACCAGGACCGGAGUGGCACGGUGGAACCCCAUGAGAUGACCCAGUCCAUCUCCGCUAUGGGCUACAGGAUCAGCCCACAAGCUCUGAACGCUGUCAUCAAACGCUACAGCAAGGCUGGCCGGAUCUACUUUGACGACUAUGUGGCAUGUGCUGUGAAGCUUCGCGCCCUCACAGAGAGCUUCAGGAGGAGAGACCAGAUGCAGCAGGGGGCUGUCAACUUCCAAUACGAUGACUUUAUCCUGUGUACAAUGUCCAUCUGACUGGUGUGGUCCGGCCCAUCCCGUGCUGGAGUCCGAGAGGGGUGCUUCAACGGGCAGUCUGGGGCUCGCUGACCACUUCCCCUAAAUAAUGGGAAGGCGCCAAUCAAUAUUAGCCAAUUGUUCUUAGGUUGAGUCCCAUAACCAACUUAAAAUGGGGAAGGAGGUUACAACAGAAACUGUUUGCUUGCCAUAAUGUCUGCCUUUCUUGUACACUCUGCAGGAAUGUGCAGAUUUGGCAGAUAUCAUAUAGCGUGUUUCUAAAUGUAUCUGCUUGUUGUAAAAUCUGUUGCUAACUGACAGUGGUAGAUUUGAAUAAAGAAAGGGAUAGCAAAGAUGUUACUGAUUUUUAUGAUUACUUUUGUGCCAUUACAAUCUCAGAUCAUACGGUUUCCAUAUUCAUCACUGUAUAUGUUCUGUUUUUAUUACCACUAUUGUUUUAUAACCACUAUAUAGGUGUGAAGUUUUACAUUAAACACAUUUUAAAGUAUACCUAUAUAAUAUUUUUAUUACAAAUAUACAGUUAUGCUGGCUUUGCCUUUUGUUUAAGGUAACUAUAUAUGAUUUGAAUAAAAUGUGGCCUAACAUGAUAAACAAAUGAAUCAAACAUGGCAUCCACAAAAACAAGUGGUAAACAUGCACUGUUAUUCCUUUGCAAAGAAAAGCAUUCAUUAACUACCAUUAACAAUGACAACGUCUACAAUUUUGUGAUAGGUUGCAUUUUCAUAGUCCAGGAUGAAAUAUUUAUCAGACAUGUUAAGUGCUUCAUGACCGUUGGGGCAUUCAGUGAUAUUGGGGUUAUUCACAACACAAUAAACUCAGUUUGUAGUCA